AUGCCCGUAUCAACUCGUUCCACCGCUUCUGGACACGACGAUCUAUCGGCUGGUCAUCCAAUUCAUCCUGCGACCGUUCAUUGGCCAAUAGCUUUCCUGACAGCUUCUUUCGGUAUAUCCACCUUGGAUCUUCUACCUCUCUCUAUUUAUCCUACUUCCGUUCUUCCUCCCAGAGCAACCUUAUCGACCUUGGGAUUUUACGCGGCUGGUGCAGGGGUCGUAUCAGCUCUAUCUGCCAUCAUCACUGGUGCAGGUGAAGCAUAUGAGCUCAUCAGGAAGGAGUACUUUGAGAAAGGACAAGAUUGGUCAAAAGUUGUCGAUUCAGCUUGGAAUAUGCGUGAUAAUGGAGGUAGGAAAGUGAAGAUGACGAUCAAGCAUGCUAGUAUGAACGAUAUGGUGGUCGCACUAGCGGCUUAUAAUUGGUACAGAGGAUGGUUUUACCCCGGCGAAUCUUUACCCCAGACUACGACCAUACUCAAUGCUUUAGCAUUACCAGCAUUGUUGUAUUCGGCUAUGCUUGGUGGAAGGUUGGUAUAUGAAUAUGCGAUGGGAAUCCAAAGACAAGGUCAUGGAAAGCAAGUGAAAGAGGAGGGCCAGUAG